UUGGCAAAUCUCAUCACCGGCGUCUGUUUACCCACUCUCUUCCAUCCAGAUUCCUACAAAAACCAAUCCUUUUUCUUCCGUUAUCGUUGCUUGCAAUUGAGACAAUCUUCUCUUUACCUACAUAUCAAUUUUGACUCCUAUAUUCGCACUUUUCUUCUGGCGAAACUUGUCUCCUUCAAGAAAGUUACAGUUUCCUCUGUUUACACUGCACGGUCUUAUGGAAUCUCCCACCGUCCAGCCCAAAGAGGGCCAAGAAUCUGAAGCAGCCGACCCGGGAAUCUUCUCUCCUAGGCUUCCUUCACCUCCAGUGGUUGGUCGAUCCAGGUUCUGCGGAUUUCGAGACUUUGCCGAUCUUAUAGACAAUUGGCUAAGCACCAGUCUCCUCGGACGGCUGUUUCAUCUUGCUGGUUCGGGACAUGUAAGUUUGAUCCAGUGUCUCUAUUUUCGAAAUGGAAGAGAAAAUGGAAACUUGGUGGGCAAUGAGAGUUGUAUGAGGAAACUGACUUUGUUGAUAGCCUGAUGCAAUUGAAGGGACAAGCUUUUUCAGGGAGAUUCGCGCUGGGUUGACGACGU